AUGUCGUCCACUCCACUGCUUGCGGGUGCAGGCCUGCCAGCGCCCGUCAUCAUGCAAGACCAUCCAAUCUUUCUGCGAGCUAGCCAUUCGCCUUGGCGAUGCAUCCCCCAAAACAUCUUGGUCCUCCUUCGUGGCUUGCUUCUCACGUACCUUGUGGCAACGGGGGUCAUGGCUGGCCACUACAAGAUGACGGAAGAAUCAGAGGCCGGCGCUUUGAGCAAUCUCUUUGACUUUUCAAUCAUAAGCUCGACCAUGGUUUUCUUGUACCAUCUCAUAACGUUUUCGUGGACCUUUACCCAUUUGUACUACCCGGAGCCUGCCGAAGUCGAAGGUGGAGUCGAACGUUUGAUCAUCUCGGCCAUGUCUUUGCCUCGAAAUAUGGCCAGUCAACGCAAGCAGUACUAUUUUAACUUGUUCUACACGGCCACUACGGUGUUUUGCUUCAUGAACUCGACGCUGUACUGGUUCAUUACUCGCCAACACGAAGCAGGCGCGGCUUCAGGUUUGACUGCCGAAUCGGUUCUCUCAUCCAAGGUCAUCGAGUCGGCUGUCAACAUUACCGCCGCUGGGCCUCUCCCGGAUGCUCCCUUCAGCGACCUCUUUGGAGAGGGUUGGUUGAAACCGUUCAUUCUGGUAAAUUUAAACGGCGUCAACUCUGUCGUCAUGAUAAUUGAGAUCUUGAUCAACAGCAUCAAACGUUCCUUGAAUAUUGGCUCCAAUGUGUUUGGUCUUAUGGCUCUGUCGGGGCUGUAUCUUGCUUGGGGAAGCGUCGGAAAGUCGGUUACGGGCGCGUAUCCUUUCUUUUGGAUGGAUGAGGCACAGGUCGGGUCCAAAGAAGCCGUCUCAAUCUACAGCGUCGGCUUUGUGUUUCUUGCCCCGAUCAUGUACACGCUGAUGCAAGGCUUUGUCGGUAUCCGCGAAAGCCUUACACGCCCGCGCCCUGACUCGCUGGACUCGUAG